AUGGCCACUGGACCACUUUCCAGCUGCUGGUGGCUUGCCUGUGCCAGAUACUGGCGGGUGCUGUUGGCAGUGCUCUCCCCCCAAAGAGACUUUGGGACCGGAACGGCAUUUGAUUGGAAACUGGUGCUGGUAACAUCUCGCCUCAUAUUGACCCAUUGGUUCAGCUUGCUUGCUUUCUUCACUCGAACCGUCGGACAAGCACACAAGCCCCACCGGCAUGGGGCUAGACGGACUCGAACCCUGACGAUCAUCGGCAUCCUGGUGGUGGGAACAGUGGUGGCGACCGGUCUUUCGCUUUGGUUCGUACAGCAGGCCGCUGUCCGAGCAGCACGCAGUUCCAACACCCACGACGCUCGUCUGGAUGCCACUGGCCAGGACCUUGCUCUCAACAUUUCCUUGAAUGUCCCCUACGUCUCCAAGUUACACGCUGCGGAUAUCAAUGGUGUGACUUGUUCGCUUCAAGCCACCAGGUUGAUGACACAAAAUACGACUUUGAGUUUACAUGUCUUGGACCUGGGCAAUCUGGUCCUCUCGUCCCCGCUUCCCAAUGUGCUCCAAGGUGGCAACACAACAGUGCAGCUGGCGUACAGGCAGGACGAGCCAGGUCGCAUAGCCGCCAAGCUCAUCGUCGAUACUUACGGCAUCCUUGCCAUCACCUGCUCCCUGGACUUGACAAUUCACAUAUGGAACGUGGUGCCGGUGCCGUUCAGCUGGACCCUUGAUACCGUCGAGCUCAACCCGUGGACCCAAGAUCAAGAUCACACGUUGGCUAAUGAAAAGGCUUCCUCGGAAGCGAAAGCGGCACAAAAUUCAACAACCCUCGCCGCCGACGUCGAAGCAGCCAUCAACAGCCUGCUAAAACACGUGCAGCCUCAUCCUGCCAAACCCACUUGUCUUCUGCCCGUCUCCGUUCAGAUGCCAUCGCUCUUCUUGUCGAUGCUUGAUAGUCUGGUCCUUCGCCUGCCGGCCACUGGAUUUGUGCUCUCUGCACGCACUGCACAAGGUCAGGUGCUGAACAUGUCCGAGGUCACGCUCCAGGGUCUCGACACUGAUAUUUUGAGCUCAACAGGGAUUGAGAUCUGCGCAUCUGGCUUGCUGGACGUGCACUGCGCCAGCGACAAUUGCCGGGAUGCUCUCACCCACACCGACCAGGCCGUGCAGCUGGUUCGUGAUUUAUAUGCAAAUCUAACGCUCGACUUUCGCACCGACUCGCGGGACGAGACAAGCCGCAGUUCCUUCUGGGGUCGAUUCCUUAGUCUCGACCACGACAUCGUUGUGACUGUACCUCCAGCCCUGCUACCCUUUCGACAACCGGAUUCUCACAGCGAUAUCUCCGACCCUGCCCGCUCAUCCCUUGAGAACACCGGCCUGGGAGACUUUUGGGCGGAUGCCGCUUGGGCUGCCCCCAACGGAGCCAGAACCGGACGUGCCUCACCCAUCAACUCUCUCGUUGCUCUCGUCAACUCAAACUCCACACCGUCGCCAGCCCUACCGAGUGACGUCCAAGCAGCUCUGAUGGCGGAUUGCUUGGACGUGUCCUUUGACGCCCGCUUUUCGCAACGCCUGUGUGCUGUUUGGAAUCGUGCUGCUUCUCACAACGAACAUCAACGUCUCUACGGUGGAGAGCUUCAUGCCAAGUGGGAUGACCGUUCCAUUGUCGACCUUUUUGGUGGAGCCUUUUGGCCCACGCUAACUUUCGACCGGCUGCCUGGCGUCUUGGGCCUGCGCUUAACAAAAAACAAUUGGCUGCUCAACACGACCUUCGUUGCGACCUACGAUGAGCACGAGCAAAAAGCUCACUUGGUCCUCACCAACGAUGGCCCAGGCCUGAGCAGUCCGUUUGAGCUCAGAGCAGGCGGUCGUUGGCAUCAAGUUUCCAAUGGCACGCAACGGCUUGAAGGUCAACUUGUUUUUGAAACACUGAGGAAUGCCGCUUUUCAAAACAUACACCUGCAAGUGCGUGGCGACUUUCCUCGCAACUCCGUCACUGACCUUACUCUUAAUGUCUCUCGAGGCAAUAAACGGGUGCUGCAGGCAGCAUUGACCCAGCCCACGACAACGUCCGCCCUUGGUCACCUUAACAUCACCAACGUGGCUGAGAUCUUCUUCGAUGGUCGCUUUAAUUCCAUCGAGGACGAGCGCUUCCUCAAUCUUAGUAGCAACAUCCCAGCGUGGGACGUUCAAUUUGAGGGUUUCGGGCGGCUUACAACAAGUGUUGUUGAGCUCAACGUCAGCUCAACAGGAGCGGGCAUCCCUUUUGCUCUUGAAGCCAUCGCCGCCUACAAAAAACACCGCUCAAAUGGUUUAUUGAUCUCAGUCGACGGCGACAAUCAGGAACAACUGUUUGUCAACGCUUCCGCCACAUACGUUGACCCCUCUCAUUCUGCGUCCCUCGCCGUCCAACUUGAUCAGGCAGCGUCGAUCUAUCAUAUCCAAUCUGCUGUUGAUGACGUGUUCGUUGAUGCUGGAGCCGUGCACGUCGCAAGCAGCGCCUCGCAGACCCAUAGAAUGUUGGAUAGAGCCAAGACAGCUGUCUUGGCCGCUACCUCCGAUGAUGAUUUUGUCAGCGACGACGAUGACGCACCGGCCCCAAAUGUUGAUGAUGAUGAUGAUGAGAAUGCGAGCGACGAUGAUGUAGACGACGAUGAUGCCCCGGUGCCGCACGCCACUGACCAGUAUCGAGCAUGGGGGAGCUUUGCAGGCCUGGGUUACUUGGCAAAUCUGUCCACAACACUCGAUCCCAAGCGUAUGGAUUGGCCUUUGAAUAUGGUUGUGACGGGCCCGCGCUCCUCUAGUAUCCAAAAUGUGUCCCUGCGUUUAACCAAUGUCCCCACCAAGCGCACAUUUGAAGGUCGGUGGCUUGCAAUGCCAAGCUCAAGCCAUGGUCAUUUCCUCUGUGACUUUCAUCAUCUUUCGGCCAUCAAUGUAUCAUCGGCGCUGCGUAUACGCUCCUCCCCGACAGCUCCAACAACAGUUGAGGCCAAUUGCAAUGCUCUGGUUGACGCCGCUUCACCCGACUAUGAAGCCUCUACCGCCAUGAGCAUCAAGGCGGAUGACCAGCACCUGCUUGCCCAGGGCGUCUCCGCGUGGCGUGCAGCUCACAAGGGACUGCAAGCCAACGUGACAUGGAAUGACAUUACUUCGCUUACUGAUUUAUCCCUUCAGGGAAACGGCAAAGUUGUCAGGCUCAUUACCAAUGCUUCGCGGCAUUCGCCUGGUGACAUUGUCGAUGCGGAGCUGAGCAGCUUUUGGCAGCACAGUUCUCGUGCUGUGCAGGCCAGCCUGGAUGCAGAUGUGGCAUGGCACAAGCAUCAAGACCUCUUUCGCCUCUCUGCCCAGGGCGUAGAGCCGUGGGCGCAUAACGCCAGCGCCCAGGGGACAUUGGACCUAGGCCUGCUGACAAAGGGUUCCACACUGGGUCCUCACAGUGCCGAGGCCCGCGUAGUCAUCGUGCCGUCCCACAAGCCGUGGGCAGAUGCUUUAAUGCGCUGGGAUGAUAUUCAGCUCAAUAGCAGCGUCGUGAUGGGACCAGAGCUGACCUCGGGUCGUCUAGACCUGAACCUGACAAGGCUGGAUGGUCCAACCGCUCAAGGGCUUUCAGCCUCCUCGCUCGGGUACGGCGCGCUCAGCUACAGUGACGUGGCAAACUUUCGAGGCAACCGACUUUCCUCUGCCAAUCUCGACGCUCGGGGCACCGGCACUGUGGCGUUCAACCUUACGUGGGACGAGCAUCGCAAUGUUUUGACGGCACAAGCCACUGGUGUGCUACAAGAUGAAGAAGGGCGCCGCCAGGCUGCUCAGCUGACCACCAUCACCAAUGGCCCAGUACUGGGCAAGCACGACACCGAGCUGGAUUUGGAGCACGAUAUAUCUCAAUCGCUGGAAACGUGGAGUACCCGCGUCCGAUUUGACGAUGCACAGCUGCAGCAGUACGGCUCGGCAUCCAUCACAGAGGACGGCAACCGCCGAGCAUACUCCGGUACCCUGCAGGCGGGCACCUUUGACUUUUCCAAGGCAGUGCCGCACAUGAAAUCACGUUGGCUCAACGCAGUGUUUGAUGCGCUCUGGCGCAGGGCCCGAGCCGACGGUCGCAUGACGAGCAUGCUGGAUGGGUCAGUCAACUUGGACUGGGACAGGCUGAAGAAUCAGCUGGCACUGACCACACAAGUCAAUGCAUCAUCAGAUGGCCUCCUCUACACUUCCGCCCGUGUACUGGCCAAUUUGGAACAGCAAGAUAGCAAGUGGACAUCAAACGCCACCAUGCUAUGGCAGGACGAUGACCAACAAGUUGAAUGGCAUGCAGCGGUGAUAACUGCAGACUCUCAUGACCGUCUGAUGAUGCUUGUUGACACAAAUGAUGAAGCUGGCCAGGUCGCAUUUUGGAGUGCUGUCACCGUAGAUGACGUCAAUGUCACAGCCAUUGCUCGAGCGACUCGCUCGUUCGACUCGGCUUUGUUUGAUACCCAGGCUGUUCGAGUCAUCGACGGGCAUGUGACCGAGGUUCUUUUCCAAAGCAGUGUAAAUCAUCAGUUCCAUCACGACAUUUCCGGCAGCGUGACGGAUGAAUCAGGUCCGGUGGAAAAGUGGGCAGAGGACCUCAAUAUGACUUUGCGGUGGAAUGAUGAUGAAACGGCGACGAUUCAUUUCAAUCUGAUGAGCUCAUGGCUUGGAGCUGGGAAAUGGAUCAUCGGCACUUCCGCUGACGCCAACACGUCCACUGUUAAUGUUGGAGCAGUUUGGAGCGUGGAGCUUGAUGAACACCGUCCAGCUGCAAGCAUUAUUGGUACCACGCGGCUGAAUGACGAUCUGCUGCAUGCAGAGUUUACCUUUGACAGUCCAAGUAAUCAUACGGAGGUAGCGUGCACGGGCUACUGGAACUCCCACCAAUGGGAUUCCAAAGUGUGGUGUGCAAGCAAUUGGCAGGAGGCUCAUGUUAUGAUGUAUGUCUCGGAUCUUGAUAUGCGGUCUCUCUCCCAAUCAAGCCCAGGUCUCGCAGCCACCAUGCCCCGUGCGCCGCCGUUUGGCAUUUCACCAUCAUCCGCAUUGUGGAGCGGUGCUCUAGCCUACGAUGUGCGGGAUCAACAAGCCAUGAUGGCCAAUUGGAGUGUCGCUGGCUUGCACCAGCAAACGUACAGUGCAUCAGUCAAUGCAAGCCGCUUGCAAGUCUCGUCGGUGCAGUGGAUCGGCGGCAACAUGUCGCUCAACCUGGGUCCCACGACAGUGGAUGUGUCGGGCGUGGCCAAAAUCGACUCAACCAAGAAAGAAGUACACGCUGACACGAUUGGACAAGUAAACGGCACUCCUUUUGGUCUGACACUAGGGGUGCAGCAAGUGAGGUUAACAAGCUCAAUCACGGCGUACUGGUCUUCCACCGACUUUUCCGCGUUUGGCGAGCUGGCCUCGGAGGGACGUAACGGCACCCUGAUGCUUUUGAGCCACCGCGACCGCUUAUCCAGCAACGAAACCCUGAUUUUUAACGUAUCCACUGCCUACUGGACCGAAGCAACAAUGGGUGCAGCAAUGGGGCUUCAUUGGACCUCGCCGGGCAAUUGUGUCUCGGGCUUUGACACAAAGACAGCGUUUUGGCCUGCACACGACUUUCAAAUUGACUCGGCAGCCAACGUUUGUCACAAAAGGACACAUCCCAUUGCGCCGACCGGGUCAUACCCUGUUUCGACAGCUGGUUCAACUGCAUCAACCAACCCAAGCUCAGGCUCCGGUAAGACGCCAUUGCCACCUGGUACAUCGCUGCCCGCGCAUUCAACUCGAGGCUCCAGCCCACACCCUACGCCUUGCAUUGGUACAAGUUCGCUCUACCCCAGCUCACGCUCAAUGCCCACACCUGGUCACACGUUAGGAACAACCACGACUUCGGCAGCUUACCUUCACUCAUCGACUAUUCCAAUGUCCACCCCGACACCAAGCAGAGGCACAAGCGAGUCUAGCAGCCCUAGGAAAAAGAGCAUCGCUAUUGUUGCGGCAACUGUGGGGUCUGUGGUCGUGGUGGCCGUGGCUGCCGUGUUGGGAGUCAUGUAUGUUCGUCGCCAUCGGCGUGGCGCCAAAUACGCCAUGUUUCAAAACGACCAUGAGGACCAUAAGGACCAAAAGGCGUAA